AUGGUUGCAAGAAAUCUUCGUUUUUUAAUCGCUUUAGUUGCGUUAAUCGCCAUCGUUGGGAUUAUUGCCACUUCCCAUUCGGAUAUCUCAAAUCAAAUCAAGAAAGUUCAAGAAAAGGCCGGAGAUUCUAUACCAUUUUCUGAUGAAGAAUCCAAUUCCAAGGAAAAUACUUUCCAAGGUAAACCUUACAAGGGAUCUGAAGCUCCUUACUCUUCUGAUAAAGUUACUGGUGCUGGAAAAGCUGAAGAUAAAGUUGAAGGUGCUAAAGGUGAUGUGAAGAAGCCUGAUGAAGGUAAAUAUGCUAUCAAACCAUCAACUGGUAGUGCUAGUGUUGGUAAAGAUGGUAAACCAAUUAUUGUUGCAGACACCACUGACAGUGAAAAAUCCCAUGCUGACAAGAACAAACCUGGCUCAAGUGAUAAUGAAUUAAAGGCUGACACCAAAGCUUUAGAAGAAGAAGUCACAGGUAAGAAAACCAGUUCUAAAGGAGCUAAUUGUGAUGAAAGAAAUUACGUUGUAAUGAUCGAUGCAGGUUCUACUGGUUCAAGAGUCCAUGUUUAUGAAUUCAACACUUGUCAAAGUCCACCAGUUUUGAUUAAAGAAACUUUUGAAAUGUUGAAACCUGGGUUAUCAUCCUUUGAUACCGAUACUAUUGGUGCUGCCAAAUCUUUAGAUCCAUUAUUGCAAGUAGCUUUAGAAGCUGUUCCAAAAGAUAAACAAGGAUGUACACCUGUUGCUGUUAAAGCUACUGCUGGCUUAAGAUUAUUAGGAGAAGAAAAAUCCGGUAAUAUCUUGAAAGAAGUUAGAAACCAUUUACAAAAUGAUUUCCCAUUCGCUGUAGUAGAUGGUGAUGGUAUUUCUAUCAUGGAAGGUAAAGAUGAAGGUGUUUAUGCUUGGAUCACUACCAAUUACUUAUUAGGUAAUAUUGGAUCCUCAGAAAAGACCCCAACUGCAGCUGUCUUCGACUUAGGUGGAGGUUCAACUCAAAUUGUUUUCGAACCUGAUUUCACCCAUGAUGAAACUAUGGUUAAUGGUGAUCACAAAUAUAAGUUAAAUUUCGGUAACAGGGAAUUCAUUUUAUAUCAAUACUCCCAUUUAGGUUAUGGUUUAAUGCAAGGUAGAAAUAAGGUUAAUUCAUUGAUUGUUGAAUCUGCUUUAAAGAAAAACACUGAAUUAGCCAACAGUAAAAAAGCAAACAAAAAGGAUUUGAAAGGGGCUAAAGCUACCAUUACUUUAAGUAAUCCAUGUAUUCCACCAGGGGUUGUUGCUGAAGAUGUUGAAGUUGAAUUAAACAAUAACGAAUUCUAUUUAGUUAACAUGAAAGGACCAUCAAAGGAAAAUGGUGUUCAUUCAGGUGCUCAAUGUAGAUUCUUAGCCGAAAAAGUCUUGAAUAAAGAAACUGAAUGUACUGAAAAACCAUGUUCUUUCAAUGGUAUUUAUCAACCAUCAUUAACUAAAUCAUUCAAAAAAUCUAAUGAUAUGUUUGUUUUCUCAUACUUUUAUGAUAGAACUAAUCCAUUAGGAUUCCCAAAUUCUUUCACUGUUGAAGAAUUAAGUGAAUUAGCUAAAUUAGUAUGUGGAGGUGAAACUUUCUGGGCAGAUGUUUUAUUAGAUGAUCACGUUGAUACUUUAACUAAAGAACCUCAAUGGUGUUUAGAUUUAUCAUUUAUUACUGCCAUGUUACAUACUGGUUAUGAUAUCCCAUUACAAAGAGAAUUAAGAACUGCUAAGACCAUCAAUGAUAAUGAAUUAGGUUGGUGUUUAGGUGCUUCAUUACCUUUAUUAGAUAAAUCCUCUGGUUGGACUUGUAGAGUUAAAGAAGUUUCAAAAGAUGCUUAA